GUUUAUAAGACAGGUGGACGUGGACAAGUCCAAAUUGUUUGUGUCAGUGACGCGUCAGCACUAUUUAAAGUAAUGACCAGCAAGCACCGCCACCACACUCUUUAACGGAAAACUCAAAUGAAUCAACAAAAGAAAGCCGUGUCCAAGAGUUGUGUUCUAACAGACACCCCGGGAGUGAACACAACACACCAACCAGCUAUAUAUCUAGUUAUUUCUCACCUCCAUCUAUCAAAAUAAUUAUCACAGGUAGUGGCUUAUUUGCCCAUUAAGAAAAACAUAGCAUUUGUUUCGCCACCACUUCCUGGGAUUCUAAAGUAAAGGCUCUUGUCAAUAGAGACAAUGAGGCGCCGCAAUGCCAGGGAGAAAGAAGAAAUGUACUUCUGUGGGGAACAGAAGACCAUAGACACGAUGCAAGAUCUGGAGGAUCUUCCUUGUCAUAUCAACAUCAGAAAAGACAUCAACCAGCUCCCAGAAAUCGAGUUUCAUAUUUCCAAAGUAGUACAUGUCACCACUAAGUCUGGCUUGGAUGGAAUCUUGAAAUCGGGGGGGUUUCAGGGACAUAUGGGGGGGUUUCAGGGACAUAAUCCACAUCUCUUAUGGUGGGGUUUGGCUAUUGAAGAAGACGACAUCCAAAUUGCAGAGGAGCGAUUCCUGGAAAAGACAUUCCCUGGAAGGUCAGCCUUGCAGAAGAGCAUGCAGGAACCCUUCCUAACCAAAUUCACUACCUCACCAGCAUUCCAGAUGGACAAAUCUCGUUAUGGUAACUUUAAGUUUACUUUCAGUCUGUCGGACAUGUUGCAGAUGUACAGGGAGCAGAUCUGUGGUGGAGACGGGCCAGUAAUGAGAGUGUAUGGGACUACUGUUUACAAACAAGAGAUCAUGUACACUGUGAUUGUCCACAGCCCCAGUGUGAAGGAGUUUGACAAGUACCCAGGUCUAUGGGAAUGUGGAGAUGAUGCUGUUUGUAUAUUUAACAACAACAACGUUGUUUGGCGGGCACAAGCAUUGUCAAAAACUCAUUAUUUUAAGCCUGUAACUCACAACGACAACAUUAUAAAAGCAGAGAAGUUUGAUCCUUUGUAUGAAUGGGAUAGGUGGUUUGUCUGGGACCAUGUGACCGUGGCGUUUCAUGUGCCAGAAGGCCAAACACUGAAACCAAGCAGGGAAAGGCUGAUCCAAAACCUCACUGCCUGUGAGGCUGCUGACCCAUUCCUUGGGGUGAGGUGUGCACACCAGACUCAGUUCUGUACAUGCAGGUGUUGUCGUCUCUCCCUCCCUGCGGCCCAAUGGAUAGUUAAGCAGUUAAAAGUAGAGGAAAGAAAGGAACAAACAGAUUAAAUCAGUCAUUAUUUCCCGUAAAAUGAUAUACUUUACUGAUAUACAGGGUAGACUUCAUGAUGGUUUAUUCAAUUCAGUCUUGCAUUUUCCAGUUAACCUCCUUGUGAUACAAUGUUUUUUGGUUCAACCUUGCAACUAAUUAGUUGUUACAUAUUGACAGACAUGGCGAGCAUUGUUUAAUCAGCUGAAAAUCAUGUGUCUUAUCAAUUUUAAAGUAGACAUUUAUAGCCAUUAUAAAAGCUAAUAAAUAUUUUACUGAGCUGAGCCAUUCUCUGGAUAUCAUGUACAGUGUUUGUGUAAUGCUGCUUUAUGGCUGCUGUAUGCGCACCAACCAGGAGGUUAUCAGACAUGAAGCAUACAAUGUAAUGUACUGCAUGCCCACAGAUGGUCACUAGGUGGUGGAAUAAAGGAACCUUUAUUCUCAUUAUUCAGCACUAGUUCUUUUGGUACCACUAGGUUGCAACAAUGCUCCAAAUUGUUUAUACAAGAAGACACAUUGAAUGAUCUAUCUUCAAGUUACCACAAUCCAUAUUUCCUUUACCUAGACAUCCACUGCAAUAUGGCUUUCUGUAUAUAUAAUAAACAUUUUUUGAUCUAUACCUUGCUAUAUUAAGUUGAUGAGCACAUAACCCUUGGUUAUGUCCAGGAGAGAAAUAUGCCUAUCUAUUAAUUAUGUUUCUUGUAUCAUUGAUAAACUGUCAUUAAGCUGUUUUCUUAUGCCUGCAUAGCCAUAAGUUAGUUCUUUGUAAGGUGUGACUAGGAAAGGCCUGUGUCACUAAUGUAACAAUAUUUCCAAAGUGCAAUGCCAGGGAGAAAGAAGAAAUGUACUUCUGUGGGGAACAGAAGACCAUAGACACGAUGCAAGAUCUGGAGGAUCUUCCUUGUCAUAUCAAAAUCAGAAAAGACAUCAACCAGCUCCCAGAAAUCGAGUUUCAUAUUUCCAAAGUAGUACAUGUCACCACUAAGUCUGGCUUGGAUGGAAUCUUGAAAUCGGGGGGGUUUCAGGGACAUAAUCCAGGAAAGAAAGGAACAAAAAGGUUAAAUCAGUCAUUAUUUCCCAUAAGAUGAUAUACUUUGUACUUUGAGUCAACAAAUGAAAUCAAACAAAAUACAUUGAUUUGAUUUUGAAUGAACAGUGUACACUUCAUGAUGGUUUAUUCAAUUCAGUCUUGCAUUUUCCAGUUAAACUCCUUCUGAUACAAUGUAUUUUGGUUCAACCUUGCAACUAAUUAGUUAUUACAUAUUGACAGACAUGACAUCAGCUGAAAAUCAUGUGUCUUAUCAAUGUUAAAGUAGACAUUUAUAGCCAUUAUAAAAGCUAAUAAAUAUUUUACUGAGCUGAGCCAUUCUCUGGAUAUCAUGUACAGUGUUUGUGUAAUGCUGCUUUAUGGCUGCUGUAUGCGCACCAACCAGGAGGUUAUCAGACAUGAAGCAUACAAUGUAAUGUACUGCACGCCCACAGAUGGUUACUAGGUGGUGGAAUAAAGGAACCUUUAUUCUCAUUAUUCAGCACUAGUUCUUUUUGUCACGACGUGUGGAGGGGUAGGACCCAAACACAGGAGAGUCAGCAGGCAUGGUCAAAAAACAAACGGUUUAAUACUCGAAAACGGGAAACAGACAGGGAACACACAGGAACAAAGGGCAAUGAUAAGACAAAGACUGGACACAAAACAGGAACCUAAAUACACAGAAACAAAAACACAGGUGAACACAAUGAAACUAACGAGAACUGAACGAGACACAGGUGACGACAAUGACAGGGAAACACAGGGCAGGGCAAAACCAAAAACAAUAGGGGGGCACGGCUGUGGCCCUGACACUUUUGGUACCACUAGGUUGCAACAAUGCUCCAAAUUGUUUAUACAAGACGACACAUUGAAUGAUCUAUUUUCAAGUUACCACACUGUAUAUUUCCUUCACCUAGACAGCCACUGCAACAUGGCUGUCUGUAUAGAUAAUAAACCAUUUUUUAUCUAUACCUUGCAAUAUUAAGUUGAUGAGCACAUAACCCUUGGUUAUGUCCAGGAGAGAAAUAUGCAUCUAUUAAUUAUGUUUCUUGUAUCAUUGAUAAACUGUCAUUAAGAUGUUUUCUUAUGCCUGCAUAGCCAUAAGUUAGUUCUUUGUAAGGUGUGACUAGGAAAGGCCUGUGUCAGUAAUGUAAGUCAGAAGUCACAAUAUUGCUAAAGUGUAUAAUGUCAUGCAACUUUGAACGAGGAAAAUAGAAGGAGUGACAAGGCCAUUUUUAGGAGCCUUAUCUAAAGACCUAAACAAAAGCUAUCUAGAACACAGUGUCCUUUUUCAGUGCCUGUGAAGGCUAUGCUAAUCAUUUUGUAUCCUCCCAUAUUGUGAUACCAUAUACUCCCUUGAUUUCCUGUAUUCAUGGUGCAGUCCUGUGAGAUGCUCAACUUGAAUGUAUCAGACAGCUGCGCCUUACAGAUCUGUAAUAAAUACAUUGAUUUUGGCUUGAACUUGUUUAAUUAUUCCCUUCAUUGACUUGGUACUUUCAGAGCAAUUGGGUGUUAUCAGAGACGUCUUCACCUUUUUGCCCAAUCCUGAACUCCACUGCUCCACCAUGACGUAAAUUCAUAUAUGUACAAAUGUGUAAAUCCCCAAAACAGAAAAAUGUAGACAAUUUUAAAAAGAAAAAACGUUUGUUAUUUUAACGUUCUCAUCCAUAUACAACAUUUUGAGUGUUGAAAUCACAAAAGUAAGUAGUCAGUGACUGAUUCUACCAAUAUCGGAAAGAGCAAAUUAGACUAAAUUAUAAAGCUACUACUAUAACUCAUAACGGUAUGUUAUCAUAACAUUCAUGUUUCUAAAAAGCACGAUUAUCAACAAACUAAUUCCUAAUAUUUCCAAUUACAAUUAAAAAAGUCUCAAAUUAUAGUUGAUACAACAUUACUGUACAAUCGCUAACAUUAUUCAGUAGGCAGACUAGCAUGUCUAAAUCCCUCAGUCAGCUUGUAAUUAGAGUCAACUCUGUAAAGGAAACUCUGCUACCUUUCAGUGCACAACAGAUUACCUGUCUUACAAAACGAGAGAAAGACACAUUUAUCUCUACCAUUACUGCAAGAGGAACAGUAGUCCCAACCUGCAUAAUAGACCCUAAAAAAACGAGUCCAGAAGAAUAAA